AUGGACGAUGCAGGCUAUGAGGGGAUUAUUCGUGAUCUUUCAGGCAACAGCCAGGAAGAGUUAGAACCUGAAAGGGUGGACCUGAUAAAUCCAAGAAAAAGGUUGUUGGAAGAAGAAGUACGGAUCAAAAUAGCGGGACAGAGGGUCAUUAUGACGUUAGAGCAACACAAAGUUUCAAGUCACAUUGAUGAUCCCACGGCAAGAAUUAUGAUUGCUCAGGCUCCGGCAGACACUGGCAAACCAUAGGUCUGGAGUAACCAGUUUCGUUUGGAUGAACUGCAACAGCUCAUUGUAGAUAAGGCAGGUCUUCUACUGGAGAUUUACAUCGUACAAGGGAAUACUCAUACCCGUGCAGGAAACCUAGGGCCGCUCUAUGUAGCAAAAGCUCGGACUGCCAUCACCCAACCACGAGAUACCAAUUCUGUUCCUUCAUACAUCGGAUACGGAAAAACUGACGCGGGAGGAAAGUUGGGUGAACGACUUAAAAUUUGA